AGGAAGAAGAGUGAAGCCGGGAUAGAGACACCAGCAGGUGCAGAGGAUAGAAACAGACAGGGUGCCAAAGAAAGAGCUAGGAAAUCAGGGAAAAUCAUCCUCUGUGACAGUCAGAGCCACCAUGGACACCAGGAGCCCCAGGAAGAUACAGUUCACCGUUCCCCUUCUGGACACACACCUGGACCCAGAGGCAGCAGAACAGAUCAGAAGACGCAGACCCACACCUGCCACUUUAGUGGCAUCCAGUGAUCAAUCAUCACCUGAAAUCGAUGAAGAUCGUCUCCCAAACCAGUUGUACAAGGCAGCCUUGUUGAACUCCCCUCGACAACGGAGAAAAGGGCAAAAGGGAAACCCUACCAUGAAAGAGCUUCAGUUUAUGGUGGAGCACCACCUGUACAGGCAGCAGCAGGGGGGCGGGGACGAGUGCUCCUCAGAGAGCUGCCUGUCGGAUCGUCCCAGCCCCGACUCAUUCCCCCCCGGGGAGGAGCUCCCACACGACGAUGAGGCCACUGCAGAGGCCACUGCAGAGGCCUUUGAGAAACUGCGCUGCCAAAUGGAGGAGUUCUCGAGGGAAAGUCUCUCAGAAGCUGCUGGGGGGCUCGAGUGCCCCCUCUCCAAGGAGAAGGAGGAUUGUUCCAGCCUUGCCAACGUAGCAGAUCCCUCAUCACAACACAUCAACGUGCAAGCAGACACAAAAGCAGCAGCAUCCAGUGCGAGUCAGCCAGCAGACGAGAAGACAAAGAAAUGCAGCCUGGAGAAAAAGAAAUAGAGCGGUCUUCUGCACAACACAAAGCUGCUCGGGCUGCUCAGCCAGCCGACACAAUGACAGAAGAUUGUGUCUGCAGAUCCACUCUCUAGAUACAUCAGGGCAUCCAUGUUCCUCUACAGUCAGGCCUUAGUAGCCACACCAAGAACAACAACAAAGGUUUCGAAAAUUAUUUUGUGUGACGUAUUUAAUUCAAAUCUAUUUGUUUUAGCUUCCCCUUCACUGAACUAAAACUAGCUUUCUGUAUCUAGUUAAUUAGAAAGAGAGACUUUUGCGAUCUCAGUCCAACAUUCAAUUUCAUUCACUUCUCCACUCACAUGCAUUAUGUCCCCUUUAAUGUUCAAACGCAACACCUUUUCUGUUUGCAAUUAUUUUUAGACCGUUUUUCAUCAUUAUAUGUGCCAUGACUCCAGCAAUUAUUGUUACAUUCAAAGCAAUACAAAUGUAUUUGAACCUCAUAAAUAACUGGGACCGAAACCAAAACAUUGAAAAUUCAACUGAAGUGAUUUAGUGAGGUAGAUGCUGAAUCUCCAGUGAGUGGGUAUAGGCAACAUCUUGGUUGACAGUUGAAAACACAUUUACACAUGUGUUCACACUACUGUAUUGGACAUCUACCAAUACAUUCUUUAAGUAACACUGGAAUAGAAUUGCAUGUUAUUUUUUCUGCUACAGCAUGUAGAGCUGCAAAGAUUGGUCAAUGCACUGAUUGACAGAAAAUGUAUGGGUAACUAUUUUUGAUAAAAGGGUAUUGAUUGACUUUUUAAAAGAAUAAAUGCAGACUGCUGGUCCAACAAUAUAACUCAAUUUGAACUAUAGGGAAUUUUGAGAGGCAUUUUUCACUAUUUUCUGACAUUUCAUAGAUAAAGCCAUUCAUCAUGAGAAUGAUCAUCAGAAACAUCGAGCCUUGUAACCCUAACAGCAUUGCACAUCUGCUUAGUUUCCUGUGAUUAAUUAAAAGAAAACAGAAACCUGAAUGGAGAACUUGAUACUUUUGUAUAAUUGUGUUGGAACACGGUUCAUUCAAUCAUUCAAUCAAGUAGAUGGGGACCUUGUUUCAAUACAGCCGAUCAAAUCACUUCAUUUUAAUCCCUAUUUGCAUAACGCAUUAUCAAAAUAACAAUAAAGCACCCUGCAACACAAAACAACCACCAACACCUUGAACUACAUACAGUUUCCUGCAAAACUCCCCUGAACAUACAAACGUGAAUGCAUGUCUGACCCUAAACCAGCAGCUUGUUGAAUGAGCGACCAAACAAACAUUCACAGUUGAAAAGAGCACUGCCAUCGCUAGUUUGGUGGUUAGCAUGCUAAUAAGCCGCUCAGCUGCAGCACAUUAAACAGCAUGUAAACUUACUUUCCUGCGAGUUUCUGUCAGAUGCUGGUGUUGUCCUUGCAAUGAAGCCUGGGCGUUAAUCUAUCCAUGGUUAUUUUGCAGCACUGCUGCCUACAAGUCUGCCCAUCACAUGUAGGCUAACAUUUGUUUACUUGGUGUCUGCUGAGGUCACCAUGCUAACUGCUGUCCAUCACAAACACACGCCCCCAUCUAAUGAGAGGUACAGUAAAGGACUUUAUCUUAUAUUUCCCCCAAAGACUUUUGGAAAAAAAACAAAAAACAAUUUACUACACGACUAAAAAACUGAACUUGUUAACAUUAUUUCUGACUGCAAACAGGAAUAAAUACAAGUGAUUCCCGUCAGACUUCCAAGGAGGCCAUAUUAAUCUAUGCUAAUAUCCAAUUAACAUAAUAUCUGGUUAAAGUAGCUAUCACACUCCUAAUACAAGACUUUUACCAGCAACUGUGUAGUUGUAAACUUCUAAUAGCUUUGGACAGAGGGUUGAGUCUACAGAUAUGCUUACGAUUUAUUUUAUUUUAACUUAGCAUCAUCAGUGAGCAAAUUGUAUCAUCAUAUUUGACACUUUUUGGGGAAAUGAGAACCUGGUCAUAAAACACUUUCCUGCAUGGCACUGAAUUUAGAGUGACUUUAAUUUUUUUUUUUAUUGUACUAUUGUUUUGAACAGGUCAUUUCAAAAGCCAAUCAAACUUAAAAAAUACAAGACACAAAUUGUAAUUACCAGCAUUCCCUUUUCAUUCUAGUUUUUUAUGAAACAAGAAAAUUAUAAAGUCAUUACCAAACUCUUACAUCCUACAUGUAUUUCAUCAGAUAUUUGUUAGCACAUAGUGACAUUAUUAUGUAGAAUUUGUAAACAAUCCUUCCAUGACAUGGAACAUAGACAUGCCUAAAAGAAAUAAAUAAAAACUGUUAACAAACAGUAAGCUAAUGCCACCCUAGUAUUGAUCACAACAAGCCAAUGAUCACAAUGACAAAAUGAUUUAAAAAGAUGGUAAAAACAUUCCUGUGCAAGUUAUUUUCUUCUUCUGUAGUGUAUUUACGUAAUGUUUUUUUCUGUUUUUGAAUGGUAAUAAUGUAAUAUGUAAUUGUUCCAAUUUUACUUGAAAUUAUUGAUGAUUACAUGUAAUCUACAUUUGUUUGAUACAAUAAAAUGUUUAAAUUGGUGA